GGGGUGAGGGGAGGGGAAGUUUCCCCAAGAGAGGGACCUGCCCCAAACGUGCCUUAACCCAGCCCAGCGUUUUUGAAAUUGAAACUGCCAGGAAGGAAAUGCCUGUGGCCGAGGUGUGGGGGAAGAAGAAAAUGACACCACCACCAUCCUCCCCUGCCUUGCGUGGUCAACACUCGCGCAGCCAUUGAUACAACUGUCAAAACUAAACACCUUCCUGGCAAUUUGGCAGCCACCUGCGGCGAGUACGGUCCAAUCCCCACCGCCCGGCGUAUCCAUAUCUCCCCCUUCUCUCUCCAUUGAAGCCUCCAUUUAAGUGUCACAGAUCCUUCUUCUCCCUCUGUCUUCUCCCUCCCUCUCUCAUAGUCUUCAUCAGACACGCUCAGGCACAGACCCGCGAUUCAAUUCAAUUCAACUCAACAAACUCGCAACGCAGAAAACACCGGCAACACAUAAAUCAAAGCAUUUUCCUUUGGGAAAGUAUAAACGUUUCGUUUGGGGUGGCGAAUUUUAAUCCGGGUUUUUGUCACCGUGGGAGUUACAGGCGAAGCGGAGACUCGAUAGGCGAUAAGGAGAGACAGAAGGCAGAAGGGUGGGCUAAUGCUGGUGUUGUUUAGCGUGUUCGAUGCUACCGUUGCUUGAGAUCUCACCGGCGGCGAGAUGGGUUCGAGUGCGAUUGUGUCCGGGGCCUGUGGAACCGGCGGGAGUUGCGGCGCCGGGGGCGGCGGCGUGGGAAGUGGGAGUAGUUGCUGUGACAUGAGCCUAAAGUGCUGGUGCAGAUGGCGAUGGGACCCCAAGUGUUUUCUCUCCUCCAGCUUUACUUUCUUUCUCGUCUCCUUCGCUCUGCUCGGAUCGAUUGCCACGCUCUACGCUUGGCUUGCUUUUAGCCCGUACGCUAGGACGGGUCUCCCUUCUCUUGGGUGCCAGGAAGACAAUGAGGGUUCCUGGUCGAUCGGUGUUUUCUACGGCGACUCCCCCUUUUCUCUAAAACCUAUUGAGGCGGUGAAUGUAUGGAGGGACGGUAGUGCGGCAUGGCCCGUGGCCAACCCAGUUGUGACAUGUGCUUCAGCUUCUGAUGCCGGUUUCCCCAGCAAUUUCGUUGCUGACCCUUUUCUCUAUGUCCAGGGAGAUACCUUUUACCUAUUCUAUGAGACCAAGAACUCAAUCACCAUGCAAGGUGAUAUUGGAGUUGCAAAAAGUGAUGACAAGGGAGCAACAUGGCAGCAAAUGGGCAUUGCUUUGGAUGAAGAUUGGCAUCUCUCUUAUCCAUACGUCUUUGACUACCUUGGACAAAUAUACAUGAUACCUGAGAGCAGUCAGAAAGAGGAACUGCGGCUAUAUCGAGCGCUGAACUUUCCACUACAGUGGACUCUGGAAAAGAUCAUCAUAAAAAAGCCCUUGGUUGAUUCCAUUAUCAUAAACCACGAUGGGAUGUAUUGGCUUUUUGGCUCGGAUCACAGUGGUUUUGGAACCAAGAAGAAUGGACAGCUGGAGAUUUGGUAUAGCAGUUCUCCACUUGGCCCUUGGAAGCCACAUAAGAAGAACCCUAUAUAUAACACUGACAAGAGCUUUGGGGCUCGAAAUGGUGGCAGACCAUUUUUUUACAAUGGAAACCUUUACCGAUUGGGUCAAGACUGUGGUGAAACAUAUGGGCGACGAGUUCGUGCCUUCAAGGUGGAAGUUUUGACACAAGAUGAGUUCAGAGAGGUUGAAUUACCCUUGGGCUUUGAAGAGUCAAGCAAGGGUCGAAAUGCCUGGAAUGGUGCCCGCCAUCAUCAUCUUGAUGUACAGCAGCUAAACUCAGGUGAGUGGGUGGGUGUUAUGGAUGGGGACCGAGUUCCCUCAGGAGACUCAGUUCACCGAUUUAUUCUUGGUUGUGCUUCACUCUUGGUUGUUGCAUCACUUGUUGUUCUACUGGGUGUGCUACUUGGAGCAGUGAAGUGCAUUGUGCCCCUCAACUGGUGCACUUACAACUCGGGGAAGAGAAGCGAUGCUUUAUUGGCAUGGGAAAAGUCAAAUUUGUUGUCUUCCAAACUCAGACGAUUUUGCAGUCGCUUGAACAGAGUGGUCUCUUUUCUACGCAGCAGGAUAAAACUGAACACCUGGGCUGGAAGAUUGGUUCUCACUUCAAUAUUUGCAGUUGUAGUGGCACUAAUGUGCAUUGGUGUUAGGUAUAUCUAUGGUGGCAAUGGUGCUGAAGAAGCUUACCCAUGGAAGGGUCACUACUCUCAGUUUACAUUAUUAACAAUGACGUAUGAUGCUCGGCUCUGGAACUUGAAAAUGUACGUGAGGCAUUACUCAAGGUGCUCUUCAGUCAGGGAGAUUGUUGUUGUGUGGAACAAAGGGAUACCUCCCAAGUUGAGUGACUUGGAUUCCGCGGUGCCAGUAAGGAUCAGGAGAGAGGAACGAAACUCGCUGAACAAUCGAUUCAAGUUGGAUCCGAAGAUUAAGACAAAAGCAGUUCUCGAGCUUGAUGAUGAUAUUAUGAUGACAUGCGAUGAUGUCGAGCGAGGUUUCAGGGUAUGGCGUGAGCACCCAGACCGAAUUGUUGGGUUCUAUCCACGGCUUAUCAGCGGGAGCCCGUUGAAGUACCGGGGUGAGAAAUAUGCCAGAAACCAUAGAGGGUAUAACAUGAUCUUGACAGGAGCAGCUUUCGUAGACAGUCUCAUGGCUUUUGAUAUGUACUGGGGUGAUAAAGCUAAAGCAGGGAGGGAAGUGGUCGACAACUACUUCAAUUGCGAGGACGUGCUUUUGAAUUUCUUGUAUGCAAAUGCAAGCUCUUCCAAGACAGUAGAAUAUGUAAAACCAGCAUGGGCGAUUGAUACGUCAAAGUUUUCAGGUGCAGCAAUUAGCCGGAACACAAAUGUGCAUUAUGGGAAAAGAAGUAAGUGCCUCAUGAAAUUUUCAGAGAUGUAUGGGAGCUUGUCCAGCCGGAAAUGGGAGUUCGAUGGUAGGAAGGAUGGUUGGGAUGUAUAGUGUGGAAAGAAUGGCAGAUCACUUAAAAACAACUCUUCAAAUUUGUUCAUCCCUCCUCUCGCCCUGUUGGGAAAACUUCUGUAUUGUUGGUAGACUUCUUCUCUCUGUUGUGAAUUCUGCCUCGAGGAAUUUUGGUUUCAACAGCUUUGGUCAGUAAGAUGUAUAUUAGUUUUUUCAUGUUUUUUGUCUUCUUCUUUACAUCUUACCAGAAAAAUUUAAUCAAAUAUGGGUUUCCCAGGAUUAUGUUUUCCUCA